CUUUUUCUUUAUUUCUUUAUUUAAUAUAAAAUGAAUUGUUGUACUUCUACAGAUGAACCUCUUAAGAGAAAGAUUGUGAUUGUAGGUGAUGGUGCAUGUGGAAAGACAUGUUUGCUUAGUGUGUUUAGUAGAGGCAAAUUUCCUGCUGGUGAUUAUAUUCCUACUAUUUUUGAUAAUUCAGUCAAGGACAUGACAGUGAAUGCAAAACCAGUGGUAGCCGAACUAUGGGAUACAGCAGGCCAAGAAGAUUUUGAUCGGUUAAGAACACUUUCUUAUCCUGAUUCAGAUGUCAUUUUAAUUGCAUUUUCAGUGGAUAUCCCUGAAUCACUAGACAAUGUUGCUGUCAAGUGGGUGCCUGAAGUCAAGCAUUAUUGUCCUGGUUUACCUUUCAUUUUAGUGGGUUGUAAAACUGAUUUAAGACAAGAUCAAAGAACAAUUGAAGACUUAGAAAAACAAGCAACAAGUCCUAUUACGACACAACAGGGAAUGGAAGUAGCAAGAAAAGUAGGUGCUUAUAAAUAUGUUGAAUGUUCUGCCAAAAUGGAAAAAGGUGUUUCUGAAGUAUUCACAACAGCUAUCAAAAGUACUAUCAGAAAAUCUUCUUUUUGCACUAUCAUGUAAACCCCAUAUUUAUAUAUAAAAAAAUAAGCAUAAUUUAAAAAAAGCACAAAACAAGUAACAAUUUAUUUGUAACUCUAUAUGAUUUCUUUCCAUCAUGAUAUAGUUGUUUAGUCAAAGAGACCGAAACCC